GGGUGCCCGGGGUCCAGGUGUUCAAGUCCUCCAGGGUCAGGUGGGGGGGUGCCUGGGGUCCAGGUGUCUGAAUCCUCCAGGAUCAGUUUGGGGGCUGCCUGGGAUCCAGGUAUCCAAGUCCUCCAGGGUCAGGUUUGGGGGGUGCCUAGCAUCCAGGCAUCCAAGUCCUCCAGAGUCAGGGUUGAGGGAUGCCCAGGGUCCAGGUGUCUGAGUCCUCCAGGGUUAGGAUUGGGGUGUGCCCAGGCUCCAGGUGUCCAAGCCCUCCAGGGUCAGGGUUGGGGUGUGCCCGGGGUUGAGGUGUCCAUGUCCUCCAUGGUUAGCUUUGGGGGGCACCCAGGGUCCAGGUGUCCAAGUCCUCUAGGGUUAGCUUUGGGGUGUGCCCGGGGUCCAGGUGUCCGAGUCCUCCAGGGUUAGCUUUGGGGGGCGCCCAGGGUCCAGGUGUCCAAGUCCUCUAGGGUUAGCUUUGGGGGGUGUCUGGGGUCCAGGUGUUCAAGUCCUCCAGGGUUAGGUUUCAGGGGUACCCGGGGUCCAGGUGUCUGAGUCCUCCCGGGUUAGGUUUGGGGCAUGCCCAGGAUCCAGGUGUCCCAAUUCUCCAGAUCAGGCUGGGGAGUUCCCAGGGUCUGGGUGUCCAAGUCCUCCUGGGUCAGGUGGGGAGUUCCUGGGAUCCGGGUGUCUGAGUCCUAUAGGGUCAGAUGGGGGGAGCCUGAGGUCUGGGUGUCCGAGUCCUCCAGGGUCAGGUUGGGUGGUGCCCAGGGUCCAGGUGGUCAAAUCCUCCAGGGUCAGGGUAGGGGGUGCCACGGGGUAGGUUGGGAGGUGCCCAGGGUCCAGGUGUCUGAGUUUUCCAGGGUCAGGUCAGGGUGCCCGGGGUCCAGGUGUCCGAGUCCUCCAGGGUCAGGUUGGGGGGUACCCGGGGUCCAGGUGUCCAAGUCCUCCAGGGUCAGGUUGGGGAGUGCCCAGGGUCCAGGUGUCCAAGUCCUCCAGGGUCAGGUUGGGGGGUGCCUGGGGUCCAGGUGUCUGAGUCCUCCAGGGUCAGGUUGGGGAAUUCCCGGGGUCUGGGUGUCCAAGUCCUCCUGGGUCAGGGGGACAGUUCCUGGGAUCCAGGUGUCCGAGUCCUGUAGGGUCAGGUGGGGGGAGCCUGAGGUCUGGGUGUCCGAGUCCUCCAGGGUCAGGUUGGGGAGUGCCCAGGGUCCAGGUGUCCAAGUCCUCCAGGGUCAGGUUGGGGAGUUCCUGGGGUCUGGGUGUCCAAGUCCUCCUGGGUCAGGUGGAGAGUUCCUGGGAUCCGGGUGUCCAAGUCCUCCUGGGUCAGGGGGACAGUUCCUGGGAUCCAGGUGUCCGAGUGCUGUAGGGUCAGGUGGGGGGGUGCCCGGGAUUCAGGUGUCCAAGUCCUACAGGGUCAGGUUGGGCAGUGCCCAGCGUCCAGGUUUUCAAAUCCUCCAGGGUCAGGUUGAGGGGGACCCAGCGUCUGGAUAUCCAAGUCUUCUAGGGUCAGGUCGGUGUGCCCAGGGUCCAGGAGUCCUAGUCCUUCAGGGUCAGGUUGGGGGUGUGUUUGGGGUCCAGGUGUCCGAGUCCUCCAGGGUCAGGUUGGGGAGUGCCCAGGGUCCAGGUGUCUGAGUCCUCCAGGGUCAGGUGGGGGGUGCCCAGGGUCUGGGUGUCUUGAGUCCUCCAGGGUGUGGUGGGGGGGCGCCCAGGGUUGAAGUGUCCGAGUCCUCCAGGGUCAGGUUUGGGGUGCCUGGGUUCCAGGUGUCCACGUCCUCCAGGGUCAGGUUUGGGGUGCCCAGGGUCCAGGUGUCUGAGUCCUCCAGGGUCAGGUGGGGGUUGCCCAGGGUCUGGGUGUCUGAGUCCUCCAGGGUGUUGUGGGGGAGCACCCAGGGUCAGGGUUUCCAAGUCCUCCAGGGUCAGGUUUGGGGCACCCAGGGUCGAAGUGUCCGAGUCCUCCAGGGUCAGGUUUGGGGUGCUUGGGAUUCAGGUGUCUGAGUCCUCCAGGGUCAGGUUUGGGGUACCCGGGUUCCAGGUGUCCGAGUCCUCCAGGGUUAGUUUGGGGUGUGCCCAGGGUCCAGGGCACAGGUUUGGGGUGCUUGGGAUUCAGGUGUCCAAGUCCUCCAGGGUCAGGUUUGGGGUACCCGGGUUCCAGGUGUCCGAGUCCUCCAGGGUCAGCUAAGGGGUG